CGAAGGUCAGAGGUCAGCUGAGGCUAACUCAAAGUUAACAGCGGUGGAAGAACAUUUACUCAAGUGCAGAGGUGGGCGUGUACGAGUGAAAGCGCCUUCCCUUCCACCUGAGUGAUCACGCAUGCGCAGGCUGCCUAGGUUCCCCAUCUCUCUCUCUCUCUCUCUCUCUCUCUCUCUCUCUCUCUCUCUGUUUCCCUCCCACAAACACGCGCGCACUCGCACGCGACUGAUGUCAGUGUGUCGGUCGGCUGAGUCGCGCGCGCUGCCUGUGGAUGCCAGCCGGAGUCGGUGGAUCUUGUUUUGCUGUAAAAUUGGAGGUUUUCAAACGGAGCUUCUGAGCGCGGGGAGCUCGCGGCGCUGGAGCCGUUCACUCCGCUCUCUGAUCUUCUGACCUUCAGCAACCUCUGAUGAUCUCAAAGUGAUGACCCACCUUCAUCAUCACCACACCCGUCGCCAUGGUCACCCAUCACCUCGGUGACCGACCUGUCCGCCACCAAACCCUCCGCCUCCUCCCCUCUUUGCUCCCAUCCUAUCGGCCACGGUGAUGCACGUGAUGGGCAGCGUCUCCCCGGCCAAUGAGAGGCAGGGAUUCUUCCUCCAGGAGGAGGGCGUGGCCAUCACCGUGCCAACGUCUCCCCAUCGUCCUCCGUCUGGAUUUUCUGAUGUCGAGGACAAUCGGGCGAGACCGUCACUUCCUCCUUCUCCUCCCCCAGCACCUCCUCUUCCUCCUCCUCCUCCCCCUCCCCCUCCUCCUCCACCCCUGCUUCCAGGGCUAGGAGACCCUGUAGGAGGCCUGAGGAAGAAGAAGAGAGUGAGGAGUUUCUUUUGGAAGACGAUACCAGAGGAUCAGGUGAAGGGGCGGGCCAACCUGUGGACUCAGGGCCGAGUGCAGCAGCAGUAUCAGAUCGACGUCCGCACCAUCGAAGAGCUGUUUGGUCAAAACGACAAUCAGUCAAACACUGAGGCCACGCCCACCAGGGGAGGGAAGACGAGGAGCUCGUUCAGAGAGGCCAAAGAGGAGGUCUGCAUCCUAGACUCUAAGCGAGGGAUGAACAUCGGGAUUUUCCUCAAACAGUUCAAGAGGUCCAAUCAGACGAUAGUAGACGACAUUCACCGUGGCAACAGUGAGCCUUAUGGGGCAGAGCCUCUGAGAGAGCUGCUGAAGCUGCUGCCGGAGAUAGAGGAGGUGAAGAAGCUGAAGGGGUACCGCGGCGACGUCUCUAAGCUCUCAUUGGCCGAUUCCUUUGUGUACCUGCUGGUUCAGCUCCCCAGUUACUCGGUCCGUAUUGAGUCCAUGCUGUUGAAGGAGGAGUUUCCUGGAGCGUGCGAGGCCAUGAAACGAGACAUUAGGAUUCUUCGUUCGGCCACCAGAGAGUUAAUGUGUUGUGAGGAGCUCCAUGCUGUUCUCCACCUGGUGCUGCAGGCUGGAAACAUCCUCAACGCUGGAGGUUACGCAGGAAACGCAGUGGGUUUCAAGCUGUCUUCCCUUCUGUCUCUGGCCGACACCAAGGCCAACAAACCAGGCAUGAACCUGCUGCACUUUGUCGCUCUGGAAGCCCAGAAAAAAGACACAAAGCUGUUGGAGUUUCCUCUGAAGUUGAGUCACGUCCAGCCUGCAGCCAGGAUCUCCGUGGAAACGCUGGACGCUGAGCUUCAGUGGCUGACAUCUCGCACGCGCUCAGUAGAGGAGAACGUCCAGAGAGACACGGAGCUGCUGCAGCAACUCGACGGCUUCCUGCAGUCAGCCACCUCGUCUCUGUGCUCGCUGCGCGGCAGUCGGCAGCAGCUGAGGAGGGAGGGCAACGAGCUGAUCGACUUCUUCUGUGAAGACAGAGACACGUUCAGGUUGGACGACUGCUUCGGCAUCUUCAACACCUUCUGCUCCAAGUUCUCGCAUGCUGUCAAGGAGAACAUGGAGAGGGAGGCAAAGGAGGCCGCACGGCGCCGGAGGAUACAGGAGCUGGAGGAGCAGAAGAGGCACUCAUGGGCCGGCGGUGAGGAGGUGGGUGGAGCCUUCGGGUUGCGCUGCAGCAGCGAGACGGACAUGUCAUCUGCCAUGUCACGACAUGAUGAGGCCGGGCUGCUGAUGGAGCUCCUGACCCCUAAGUACCGCCCCCGCUCACCCUUAUUAAACAACUCCCACAAUUCUCUGGGGCGCUCAGGGAGCCUACGACGCUUGCGACACUCCCCAUCCAGCUCGCCGUCCAUCGCCGCAGACCGUGAACUGACCACGCUCCUGGGGAUGGCGACCCCUGAACACAAAGAGGCGAGGACAGCUUUUCUAUCAGCCUCACCAGAGCUCAGAAGUCCAGGACUCUCUCCUCAGACACUAAGAGUCCCAUCAUUCAGCUUCCCCCAAAACCAGCAGCCUCAAACCUCCUCCUCGCCUCCCAAGACUUCUUUGAGCACGCAAAACCAUACAACCGCCACUUACCUCAGCUUCGACGCUACCCAGACUCGAGUGAACACCACAGAUAAAGCUAAGGUCAAAACUACCUCUGAUUCGAACCAGCAAUCCGACCACAACAACAAUGGCAAAGAUCGACUCGGAACGCUUUCAGAUCAACAGUCUGGUUUGAGGGGGGAACUCGCUAAAGCUGAUCCUGAUCUUCGUGGAAGGAUCUCCUGCAGUGACGAGAAGUUCCAAUGCAACACCUCUACCACAGGAAACAUGUCUGUGGUUUUAGAGAAACGCACGCUGGUGCCUGAGCUGAAAGUGUUCGACAAGGUCGCCACCAUGACCGGUCACAACGACACAAGUCGCCUCCAUGACCAUCACCGGGACGAUGUGGUGAUCACAGAUUUAGAAGAAGAGGUGGACAAGAAGCCGCAGAAUUACCCUGCAGAAAGAUCGGAGACUAGCUCUUCCUUGCCAAAACGAGAGGAAGAGGAAGGACGAGAGGAGACGGUGGUUGUAUGGUGUGUGACAGGUGUGUGCGAGGCAGCCGGGGAGCUCACGCACACUGACAACACACAUGCACAAACUGAGCGGGAUCAGUUUAGAAAUGACAAUCAGGGAGGAAGCAAACAAGUGUCUUCUGCCCCAGCCAAUUGUACGCCUUCAGAACCUCAGUCGGCCAAUGAGAAGCCAGUGCCUGUACCCAUCAGCAGCCAACCGGUGCCUGUCUCCCGCUGUGACGACCCGUCGCACCCAGCCUCUUCCCCUAGGUGGCACCCUGCAGAGCCUGCAUCGCCUGCUCUCACCGCAGGUGCCUCUGAGGAAGUUAAAGAAGCAGCCAAUCAAGAGAAAGAAGCAGAGGGCUCCACCAAUGAGGAGAGAGAUGUGGAGACUGUCCAAGAACAGUCAACAGGUGACCAGAGCAGGGACGAGACUGCUUCCUGUCAUGCAGCCAGUGAGAACACAGAAGCAGCUUCCUCCACUAAUGGAAAGGCAGAAAAUUCAUCCAAAUCAUCCUCAAAGAACCUCCCUACCUCUAAAACUCGACCCCCUGGGAUGAAACCAGCCGCCACCACCGGCAACAAAUGUAAACCAGUCCGCACCCUCACCAACUCCGAGAACCAGGGCAUGAGGCGGGUUGUUCCAAUCUCCAGGACCAGCCGAGGCACUUCCUCUUUGGUUAAACGCCCUGAAAAGCCUCCAGGCCACCAGCGAGGCUCCUCAAGCACUUCAACACCAACUGCUUCCAAUCUUAGCAGCACCUCUGUCCGGCGAGGAGAGAGGCCGUCGACUGCGCCUUCAUCCCGGCGCUCCAGUAUCAACAAGGCACCAGACCCCAAGGACUCAAAAGACCAGAGGGUUCCAGGUACACAGGCGUCGGCUCGAGAGAAAAACCAGGACUUGCAAAGGAAGCCGUCCGUCCGAAAGCAGUUAACAAAACCCAAACCUCCGCCGGAGGAGAAGAUGUGUCGCUCCACGCUGCGUGCGCUCUCUCAAGGAGGUGGAGGCAGCGUCAGUGCGCCUGUUACACCUUUGCACAAAGCCGCUACCCCAUCAUCAUCACCGCUUCCAGGUUUUGCCCGAAGCACCGCUUCUUCUUCUUUCAGACGGACCCACACUACCCUUGCUCCUCCUGCUCCUUCACCUCACACUGGCUCUGACUCCUCCCCUAAAUCCUCUCCCAAAACCACCUCCUCCUUCGCUAUGCCUUUCACCCGUACGGGCUCACUAAGAGUCCCUGCCACCUCCAGAUCCUCAGAUCUCCUCAACCCAUCCUCAUCUUCCUCGUCCUCCUCCCCACUGAGGUCUCAGAGCAUCAGGGCAUCAACUCGCUCGCCCGUCCACAAUUCGCCAGCUCCUCCUAAAGGCCACCGGCGGACCAACAGCGGCAACUUCUCUGACAAGUCAACUCACUCCAGGGACUCGGGCAAGUCCACCAGGCCGAGCUGGAGAUAACAAGAGCAAUUCGGUGGCUGCAUUCCAACAGAAGCAGUGCCUCCUAUACCUUUCUUUAGUGGACGUAAAGUCAGAGGACAGACUCUUAUUUAUGUAGGAGGCAAGGACACAUUCCUGAGCAAACAUCUCAAGUUUAGCCGCAGAAAAACAGAAGGUUGCGUUCCAAUGAGAAGCACAGACACAGUCGAGGUUGAAGGCCUCGUUCUAUUAUAAAGAACUUUGUCUCCUAUGCACUAAAGUCGGUGGUCACAGGAUGCAUCCCAUUUAAGAGCCCUGCAGUAAGUACACUUAAAGGAUAAAGGAAGUUCCAGCAGUGCCACGUGAAACAUGAUAGUGAUGAAACAAUUUACUUAUUACAAUUACUUAUUUGCUUGAACUCGAAAUCUUUUGACUUUAGUCGACUAAUUUGGACUCCAACAUGCAUUUUAUUUAGCACUCACCUUCCUAAGCUCUUUGUUACCACAUUUCCAACAAACACUUUUGGUAUAGAACUCUUAAGGCUCAUCCAUCCUCUGCACUGGAUACAUGUCGUCAGCCCGAAAUGGGUUUAUAUCAAGUCCACAAAGUGUCUUAACUCGUGGCUACAUUUGGUGAAUUUCACCAAGAACAGCGACACUCCAACACGAGUAAAAUACAGUAAAGGAAAGCUUCUGAUUCCUAUGUGUUAAACCCCACCAGCUGGAUUAUUAUUAACACAUAAGUUCCUUUUCCUAAGAGCUUUUAAGUCAUAUAAAGGUCACCAAGCCUUCUAUAUUUGCAUUGACACCCAUUUAUACUGCUUCCAGUUUCAUUUUCAUGGCAGUUAUUUUGUCUUAAGUGCUCCAUCGUAGGCAGCUCGACCUGCUUGAGUUUCUUGCAGACGUUUCACCUCUCAUCCUAAGGGCCUCUUCAGCUCUAACGGACUGGUGCGGAGUCGCAGGCUUUAAACUCUGUGUGGGUGUGAACCCUUACACCCGUCGUUGGAGUCACAACAGGAAGAAUGUCAGGAAUUUGAAAGAACAUCAAGGAAUCUGACUGAUUACAGGAACCACCUGCAUUUCAGUUUUCGUCCACAGAACAGGCUGCAGUGAGAGUCUCUCUCCAUGGGAUAUUUAAAAAUAGCAGCUUUGUGCAUUUAGUCCUUCUCAGGCAAGCUCAGGGGUUUAGUGUUGCUGUAGCCCACAGGAACAACACUCCACGCUGCUUUUUUUUUCUUCAAGCGAGUAUUAGAAUAUAUGCAGUUCAUGUAACCCGGCCGAAAUUAAUUUAUAUAAAUGCUUGAAGAUCCACUCAUUACUAAAAGUGUGUGUCAUAUAAAAACUAAAGUAAUGGUCAAAGUUGUCACAGUGAAAUUUAAGGUGUGCUGAUGGAUUCACGUCGUCACCUCAUGCAUUGAGUAACAUUACAAGUUAACGUUCCACCUUAAAAGUUGCCGGACAUAGUUUUGUUUUUACUUUGAUGUGUCACUGCAGUGCGUUUAUGAAGCCCCUCACUUUCAGAUUAAUUUAGAAUUGGAGGUAAACCUUAGUGUUUCUGUGCUGUGGACUGUUGCUGUUUGAUAAAUUCUACAUUCCACAUCUGGAGACGUGCACUAUCCUCCGUGGACCAAACUACUCCUCAACCUGCGUCCUUGCAAGAUGUAGUUUCGUCUGUUUUUUUCAAGUGUCCCAGGUCAACAGCAUGUGAUCUAGAGGGCUAAAUACAACAGCAAGAGGCAAAGCUAACCUGGAGCAAGGAGAGUCACCACAUAAGAGUUGGUUUAGAGGCCUGAACGCCCUAACUUUGUUGAGAGGUCACAGACAUUGCAACACACCACAGGCAAGGAACAACAGACAUGCUUAUUCCUGACACUACACUCUUUUGAGACCUCAGCGACUGUGUAAGGGUCCCACCCACACAGAGUUUAAAGCUUGCGACUCAGUCAGUUAGACGUGAAGAAGCCUCUUGGAUGAGAGGCGAAACAUCUUCAAGAAACUCAACCAGUCCAGUUGCCUAUGAUAGAGCACUUAAGAUCACCAUGACCUGGGUGACUUAGAAACUUCUCCGACAGGCUGGUACUUUGCCUUCUCAAGAAAAAAAAAAAAAAAUCAGCUGCCACAUUGGUCAGUUUUCAAGGGAAGAUGAAAGAAGAAAAUAAAUGUCUGUGUCUCUAAAUGUGUAAUGAUAUUUUUCAUUUCUGCAGUGUUUCUGGUUAACUGACGUGACUGAGUCCCGUUUUCUUUUUCUGUCUCCUCCUGAUUAACUUUAUGUCUUAAAUUUAUAUUAAAUCCUGCACCUUUAACGUCACUAACCGCGCUGAGCAAUCCCUGUAUGUCCGGCCUGAUUAAAAUAAAGUGAUUUUAUUGUAUUUUAAAGAAAUUUUUAGAUAAAUCACAGAGAAUCAUUAAGUGUAAAAGAAAAGAGUGAUUAGUUUAGACGAGGGGAUGUUUAAAGUGUCUCUGAUUCAAACCAACAGUGUCUGACUCACUGGGAAAAGUCUGCAGUGCCAACUUUGUUCAUAUGACGAUAUUUGUAUGUUUAUGUAUCUCUAUUUAUGUAUGUAUGAAGUUAAUAUUUGAUAUAUAUAUAUAAUAUAAUCUAUCUGCUAAUUAAUAAAGUAAUAUUCCUCCAG